AUGACGGAGGUUUUUGCGGACAAGCUGCGAAGCACGGCAUCCAGAAUGUUCUUCUGCGCAACGUCCUUUCUGAGUUUGUCGGCACUUUCCUUUUGUGUGUAAGUCUGAAACUUUUAAUUCUCAUUCAGUUGCACCUUUGCUCAAAAUUGAUUCCGAGUUCAAAGCAGUCUACUCGAAAAUUCUUAUCGGAACGUUGAAAAAGCACAGAAAUUUUCCGAAAAACAUUGAAGAAGAGAACCGUUUUCAGUAGUUCUGACAUACUUCUGCAUUAUAAAACAGUCCGGAGGAUCUCCGAGAAGAUUAUUAAUGAAUAAAAGUGGAAAAAAAAGAAAGGCAUCACUUGAAGUUUCUCAGAACCUUUGUGAAUAAAAAUUAAAUUUUGCUAACUUCAUUUUGUGUAUUUUUUCAAAGCACACCAUCAAUAAAAACCAGGCUUUGUUUCGAAUUUCGUGAAAAGUACUGACUUUGGAGGGAGGAUUUCAUCUGCAAGAUAUUGACUUUUUGUGCUUAUCUAUUUGCUUCAAGUUUUCGAACAAACAAUUGAAAAAUCUCGCAGAGAACAUCGCGAGAAUCAAUACGAAUUCAUUGGAACUUCGGAUGAUAUCCUUUUGUGUAGAAAGAAAUUUCUCGAAAAUUUCAUGAAUGUGGUAUUUCAAUAAGUGAGACUUUCUCAUAUCUCCUUAGUUAAAACUUGAAAAAGUUGGUCUUUUCUGUGUCUUUUUUUCCUCACCAGGAUGAUGCUAGAAAGGUGAAAAAAACAGGUCAACAAAAGAGGGAAAAGAUUCAGACAAUCCAGACUGCUUAAAGUUGUGGCGAAUAUAGUACAUGCCUGUUGCGCUUCUUUUCCUCAAAUUUAGUCUGUAAAUAAAAAAGGAAAGCUUCAAAAUUCGGACAAAAAGACAAAAAUAUGAACCUCAUAAGAAAGAUUUAUUAUUACUUUUUCAGAAAAUUAGGAGGCUUUGCAUACAAUAAUUUUACGAGGUUUUCAUUUGUUCUGCGAGGAUUUUUUAGGCUGAUUUCGAAGAGAAUCUGAAAUUAAGAGUAGAAAGAUUCUCGUCUUCUGAAUAACAACUUUGAAAUUUUAUGGGGGCAUCUGACUAGGGCAUGGUCUCCGCUCGACAACGAGUUGAGAAUUGAGACUUUGUGGGUGAAUAGGUCUAGGUGAGAGUACUCGGAAUCAAAAAUAGAAUUCUGCUAAACCCCACAGACGGGCGAGGAAAAGCUCGUCGAAAGUUUUCCAGCGCGCAUAUGGCCGCGCUCGGAGCCUUCGGCUAGCAACUGGCGGCGUGGUGUAGUGGGUUGUGGUCUUGUGCAUUACCAGUAUUGUGACCAGGGUUCGAAUCCUUUUGGCGAAAAUCGUUUUUGCCGGCUCAUAACUUUAUUCCUUCCUCAUUUUUGGGAUAUUUUUUUUCAAAAAUUAACAUCAAAACUUGUAGAAAAUUAUUAUUUCUACUCUUUUUCUCAUGCCAAAUUUUUCUUCUCGUGUUGAAUAACUGUUGAGGAGGUUAUUCUUAAAUAUUUUUGUUGGAAGACAGGCAAUCGGCAGCAUAGUUAUUAAAGUUAAGCUUCUUUCGCCCAAAUUUAUGUUGGAAUCUUCGAAAAUCGCCAUAUCUUCUGACACUUGGAACGCGAAAACGAACGGAAAAGUUUCAUUUUAGUUGUUUUAUCGUGUUACUAUGUUUCCGUUUGAUACACACGUAUCCAAAAGACAGAUAAUCGCUUUUUAAAAAAAGCUCAAAGUUUUAUAACAUAUCUACUCGAAGUGAAUUUUCAUAAACAGAUCGUUUUCUUCUCCGUUUGCCCAUAAAGUAGAGAAAAAAAAACGAAAAAACAAAAUUUCAAAUCAGUAUUUUGUUUUUAUUGUGAUUUUUGUGAAUUUUUAUUGUAGAUUUUUGAAAAAAAUAUCCCAAAAAAAUGAGAAAGGAAUAGUUAUGAGCCGGCAAAAACGAUUUCCGCCAAAAGGAUUCGAACCCUGGUCACAAUAUUGAUAAUGCACAAGAUCACAACCCACUACACCACGCCGCCAGUUACUAGCCGAAGGCUCCGAGCGCGGCCAUAUGCGCGCUGGAAAACUUUCGACGAGCUUUUCCUCGCCCGUCUGUGGGGUUUAGCAGAAUUUUAUUUUUGAUUCCGAGUACUCUCACCUAGGCCUAUUCACCCACAAAGUCUCAAUUCUCAACUCGUUGUCGAGCGGAGACCAUGCCCUAGUGAGACUUCAAAUUUUCGAUCUCUCCAACGUUCUGAGGAGGUAAUUCCGUGCUCAGAGAUUUCGGCGUAAUACAUCUCUGACUCUCCAAACUUCAGUUAUCUUUUCCACUCUCUGACGGCUACUUUGAAUUUUGCAAAAUCGCUUUGAAAAUGAAAAGGAGAACUAUUUUCGAAAUAAUGAGAUCAGAAAAAAACAAGCAAAAACUCCACAUAAUUUCUGUCAGAAGGCUUUCAGUUCAUCGGUCUGUGCAAUGUGGCCCAGUUCCACCUCGGCCGCGGCGUGUUCACCGUCUGGAUCGGCGUCAACAUUGGCUGGGGCUUCGCCAUAAUGUUCGCCGUCAUGGCCACCGCCCGUUUCUCUGGUCUGUUGAGAAAUUCUUGACCUCCUCUCCGUCAAUCGAAUACUUAUUUAACGCAUUAGCGGUUAUAAGCUGAUUGGUCUACGUCAGACGUCAGUUCAGUUGGGAAAAGCCAACAAAGUCUGUCGGAAGUUGCGAUCGCGAGAAGAUUGAUAAACAGAACGGCAUUGUCUCGGCUCAAGGUAGCAUGCUAGACUCGAGUUCAAUAUUUUCUCCUCUCAAACACAAAUAUCCGAUAGUUGACUUUUUGAAACUAUCGAGGAAUCAGUAAAAAGUAUGAAAUGAGUGCUCUUUUAAUAAUCCUUGAAGUGGCUGGAAUAUACUGAUGAAAGAAUAUUUGAAAUGACCAGCUUGCAGGAGGUCAUCUGAAUCCAGCAGUUUCCCUUCUCCUGUGGUCGCUGGGUCAUUUGAAGCUCGGCUACGUCUUCUUGUACUCGAUUGCCCAAGUCGCCGGGGCUUUCGUUGCAUCUCUUGCCAUGUAUGGAUAUUAUUAUGGUAAGUUCUUUCGUUUGAAGACUAAUGGAAUAUUUCUUAAAAAGCCAAAAAUCAAAAUUUUCCGUAAAAACGGAGAAAAAGAAAGGGAGUGAAGCACUUUUCGCGAUGAAAUUUUGAAAAAAAGGGGGUGAAAGAGAAUUUUUUUUUUGUUGCAUAAAUGAACUUUUUUUUUCGUUGAAUGGGAGUUUCAAACAGUCUCUAUUUUCAUUCAUAGUUGCUCCUUGGUUCAAAGUAGAGAAGUGAGUCCAGUCUGAUUUAUUUUCCAAGCUGACGGGAGUUUUAUAAAAUUUUGUUUGAGUCUGCUCUUGCGAACUUAUUUUGCUUUUGACCAGUUUGAACAUUUUUUGACACGAAAAUUUUCACUCACAGUAUGCUACAGUACUCCUUCCUAUGAACUUCAGAAGCCUUCCAAGCCUACGACGGCGGUGUUAGAGCAGUCCUGGGUGCGACGGGAUCGGCGGGUUGCUUCGCCAGCUAUCCCAAUCCUUACCUCGGAUUCUGGGGUCCAUACGUCGAUCAGAUCGUGGGCACCGCCGUCCUCGCCUACUUCCUCUGCGUCGUGAUCGACGAACGCAAUCAGAUCCCAAAAGUGUGGCAUCCAAUGAUUUUCGGCUUCCUGAUCAUGAUGAUCGGCACGGCCUUCGGAAUGAACAUGGGCUAUCCUAUCAACCCGGCAAGAGACUUCGGCCCUCGUCUCUUCUCAUUCUUCGUCUACGGUGCUGGGGUCUUCCAGUGAGUUCCGAACCAAAGUUCCUUCGGUCAUGAUGAGUAUUUGAGAGAGCCUUAUACGGGGUACUGGCUGGCGCCGAUCGUCGCUCCUUUGCUGGGCUCUUUGGUCGGCGGCUGGCUCUAUCAGUUCUCCCUCGGCAUGCACAAUCCCGAGAUCGAAGAGGAACGCGCCCAACAAGAAAAGUUAUUGGCAUAA